UUUAAAAGAAUCUUAAAAAUGAUAAAUGUGAAUAAAAGUGAAAACUUGAAAAAUACAUCAGCACUAGUAAAGUUUGACCCAGUUGGAAAAUUGCUUGAAGAACAAGCUUUAACAUUUUUUCUUGUACUUCUUUUAUUAUUGAUAUCUGUGAUAGCCAUUACCUUUUUGCUUAACAAAAAACUUCAUUUCAUACCAGAAGCACUUGUGGUUAUGGUAUUUGGUGUAGUUAUUGCUGUUAUUAUAAAUUUUGUCCUGGCAAAUGUUGGUGUUGAUGUCACAAAAUGGAAGAACAUGGAGUCAUUUCAUCCAGAUGUAUUCUUUUUAGUACUCUUACCUCCGAUGAUAUUUGAAUCAGGUUACACUCUGCAAAAGGGUGAUUUUUUCAGUAAUAUUGGAGCAAUAUUAACGUAUGCACUACUUGGUACAACUGUGUCAACAGUAAUAGUUGGUUUUUCAAUGUAUGGACUUGGUCAGUUAGGUUGGGUUCAUGAAAUAGCCGGAGUGGAAGCGUUUGCAUUUGGUUCUUUGAUCUCUGCUACUGAUCCUGUUUCAACCUUAGCAUUAUUUAGUGCUAUGAAUGCUGACCAAGAUUUGUAUGCUAUAGUAUUUGGUGAAAGUGUCCUCAAUGAUGCAGUAUCUAUUAUUUUAACUUUAACUAUAAUGAGUGCUGCAGAACAGAUGGACUCUGGUGAUAUUCACUUCAGCAGUUUAGCUCUUCAUUCCAUUGGAAAGUUUUGCAUGAUGUUCUUUUUGUCAUCUAUUAUUGGUGUUUUGUUUGGACUCGCCAGUGCCUUAUUGUUGAAGCAUAUUCGCAUGAACAAUCAUCCUUCAUUAGAAUGUCUGACCAUGAUCAUCUUUGCUUUCAUGCCAUAUGGGUUUUGCGAAGCUGUUGAGUUAUCUGGUAUUAUGUCAAUUUUGUUAUGCGGAAUCACGAUGUCACAUUACACACAUUUUAACUUAUCUCCUCUUACUCAAAUAACUGUCCAGCAGAUUUUUCGUUUAAUGGCACUGGUGACAGAAACAAUUGUGUUCCUGUACUUGGGUAUGGCUAUCUUAAAUGGACCACAUUUAUUUGAUAUAAGAUUUAUCUCCUGGUCAUUGUUUACUUGUCUACUUUCGAGAGCUGUUGUGGUUUUUCCUUUGUCACUUUUCUUUAUUUACUGUCGACCUAAAGAAAACAGAAUAUCUUUGAAAGUAUUGUUUCUUAUUUGGUUUAGUGGUUUAAGAGGAGCUGUUGCAUUUGCUCAGAGUCUUCAUCUUCCGCUGGCGAACACUGAAGCUCAAAAGCUAAUAAUAACUACUACGCUCAUUAUUGUUGUAAUCACAAAUGUGGUUCUCGGUAUCUCUACUUUACCUUUGGUUAAGUUUUUGAAAGUUCAAAGGAAACAUUUUAAAUCAGGAUUCAGCAAAUCGUUGAAAUUAGGGCGAAUUGUAGGCCCCUCUGAAGCCUCAAGUCAAACAAUUAAAUAUAAAGCACGAUUCGGAAAAUCUCCUAUGAGUAUAAUUCGAGGAUGGCGUCGAUUCGAUAAGAAGUAUUUGAUGCCAUUUUUCAUCAGAAAAAAUGAUUCACAGGAAUAUACUGCAGCGGUGACUCAUAUGAUUGACAGGUGGUCUGAAAAUGAAGAGCGAACAGCGCAUCAGUUUUUGACAUCAUCUGCAGAAAUUGAUGAACAUAGUCCAUUGAUUGUUAAACGGACACGACAAAAUAUAGUACGUCCUGUGCGAAAAAUUUUACGUGAAGUUGAUGAAAGUAAAACUGAAGACGAAAGUGACAGUGGAGCGACUCCAAUCAAAAUAGCUGAUAGGGUUCGGUUUGAAGCUAUUGAUGAAAGCGCUGAACAUGAGGAAAGUUCCGUUUCUAGUCAUUACGGUUCUGUUAAUGCCGAUAUUAUAGAUAAAAAAGGUUCGCAGGAAAGCUUAUUAUAAGUUAUGAGUUUAUUUAAUUUUUUUUUUUUUUUAGUGUAGAGUAUUUAAAUAUUUUGUAAAAAUUUUCUAGUAUUUUUAUAC